AAGUUAGUUGUCGUCUCGCACGCAUCCCCGUUACUUUUCACAAGUCAACAGGUUUGCAAGAUGCCAGUAGUUAGCUAAGAGAGAAGUCAGUCGACUAUAAACUUGGGUGCGUAGUCAGUAUUAGCUCAAUCUCGACACGAUAGAUCGACGGUUAACCGCGAUUGUCGUUCUUUGAAAAGUGCAACACGAGUUCUCGGUUUGUGCUGAUUCUUUCCGUAACGAUAAUUUUCAACAAAGAAAAAUAUUUUCCAACACGAACGCGUUGAAAGUAUCAGUUCCAAAGCAAAAUUGCUGAAGAACUACCACUAGCAAAUAUGACGUUCAUCGGCCUGCUGAUUUUUCUUCUCGCUCUAUCAACAAUUAACGCACAAAACGAGUGCUUGGAUCCGCGCGCUGUUUGCAUCAAUAUUCGCAGCUGUCCAUCUAUUCUUGCCAUCCUGAGAGGAUCGAGACCGCUUUCGGCACAAACAGUACAAACUCUUAGGAACGCUCAAUGUGGCUUCGAAAACAAAGAUCCGCUGGUUUGCUGCGUGAAUAACGAACAAUCAACGGUACCGAAGGCAUCACCAGAUGCGGAUAACGAACCUGCUCCGCCGGAUGUCACAAAUCAUCCGAAUCUACAUUUGUUGAAUUAUCGAGAUUGCGGACCCAUCGUUCAGUCAAAAAUAUUUAUAGGAAAUGGUAACAAAACUAAUAUCUUCGAGUUUCCGUGGAUGGCGUUGAUCGCGUAUAAUACCGGAAGACGGAAUCCGGAGUUCCGUUGCGGCGGUACAAUCAUCUCGGAGCGUUAUGUUCUCACUGCCGCUCAUUGUGUUACACAACUUCCGGAAGGUGUCACACUGAUAGGUGUCAGAGUAGGAGAUCACGAUAUAAGCAAGGAACGCGACUGCGAGUACGACUACAACGGACUCGAAACCCAAUGUGCCGAGCGAUAUCAGGAUUUUACUGUAGAAAGUUUUCAUUAUCAUCCAGACUACACACGAACGCUGCUGCAAAAUGAUAUCGCGCUCAUCAGAUUAAAUGAUUCGAUAGAUUUCAGACCCUUGAGUGUCAGACCGAUUUGUUUACCUUUUGGACCUGCGGCAACGCUGAAUUAUAAAAACGCCGUAGUGACUGGUUGGGGCGCGACGGAAUUGGGUCCGCGCAGUCACGAUCUCUUGCAAGCGAGGUUGCCACUGAUUACUCAGGAGCAGUGUCAACAAGCGUACAGUGGUAGAACUCAGAUCUGGUACAAGCAACUGUGCGCAGGUGGUAAAAACAACGUGGACUCGUGCGCGGGUGACAGCGGCGGUCCUCUGCAAGCACCCGGUAAAUACGGCAAUACAGUGCGCACCGUUCAACACGGGAUAGUCAGUUACGGUGUAAAGCAGUGCGGCGUAAGUUUCCCCGGAGUCUACACAAGGGUUGCUUAUUACAUGGACUGGAUUCUCAAUACUAUGAGAGAUUAGGCUCGCAGAGCUGGGAAUGUGCAUCCGAGACUUUCCUUCUCAUCGUGAAAAUACGAAUUCAAAAUACAAUAUAUUGUACAUUAAUUAUUUUUUUAAAUGUCUUACUGCCGAUGUGAUCCAUUCUAACAUACUCUGAUUUUUUUGUGUGAUGUUUUUAAUUCAUGGCAGAUGCUGAUGAGCCACGUUGCAAAAUGUACUUUAAAAAACAUAAUGUAUAAAGAGCGAAUUUCUUAA